CAUCCCCCGCCGCCGCCAUGCCCAAAAGAAAGGCUGAAGCGGAUACUAAAGGAAGUAAAGCCAAGGUGAAGGACCAGUCACAGAGAAGAUCUGCAAGGUUGUCUGCUAAACCUGCUCUUCCAAAGCCAGAGCCCAAGCCUAAAAAGGCUCCUGCAAAGAAGGGAGAGAAGGUCCUCCAGGGGAAGAAGGGGAAGGCCAAUGCCGGGAAGGAUGCAAAUACUGCAGAAAACGGAGAUGCCAAAACAGACCAGGCACAAAAAGCUGAAGGUGCUGGAGAUGCCAAGUGGGAUGUGUGCAUUUUUCAUAACUGUGUACUUCUGGUGACUGUACAGUUUGAAAUACUAUUUUUAUCAAGUUUUAUCAAAAUGCAGAAUUUUGUUUUACUUUUUCUUUUUUAAGCUAUGUUGUUAGCACACAGAACACUUUACUGUUUUGUGGGGGGAAGGAACAUGUGUCACUAACAAAAUGUCUCCCAAGCUGGAUUGGUGAUGGUUGAUGUUGGAAAACA